AUGGCAUUCAAGUCCUUCAAAUAUAAAUUCUAUACAAAGGGCUAUCACAGUGCAUCUCAAAAGCCUGCAACAGCUUUUUUCGACAGCUCGUAUCAAUAUCUACGUCAAAACCAGGGCUUAGUAGCUGUUGAUUCUGCUGUACCACCAUCACAUUUACCGCAUCUGGGUCCACAUCCUGUUAUUGGUGCUAAUGUCAAUUUCAAUAUUGUUGAUGAUGUCUUACAGGAUUAUGAAACUGCAGAUGAGAGAAGAGAGGAACAAUUGAGAGAGCAAUAUGAAAAUAACGGUAACGUUAAUCAACAUUCCCAUCAGCGUGAAUCAAAGGGUAGCAAUACUGAUACUUACAAUGGUAGGAGGCAAAGAUCUGCAUCUAUUUCGAGCCAUCACCAAACCAGAUCUCCUGCAGCUCUACGCAGGAGAAGUAUGGGUGAAAAUACAGCAACACUUUCUCUUCGUACAGGCGCCAAAGAUGCAUUCAUAGAUCAUACGCUUUCACAGAGGUAUUACUCAACGACAAAUACAUCUCGCAAGGAAAGUGACAUUCACUCCCAUUAUAGAAUACCGCCGGAAUCACAGCCUGUGGUACCGGCAGGGAAAGAUGCAAAAGUUGCAGCUGAUAACGUUGCCAAAGAAGAUAAUGUUGUCGAUAAUGGUCGUCCAGCACAAUUGGAUCAACAGUUUUUAUCUAAGCAGCGCGAUUCGAUGAGCCCCUGGGAAGAGGAUAAGGAACCUUGUCUUAAUAAGGAUACAUUUUUAAGAACACAUACCGACCAAAUCAAUAAGUGUUAUGAAAAUGGUGAUUUAAAUUCGAUUAACUCACUUUAUCAAGCUUUAAAGAGAAAUGAUAUUAUUCCACCACUAAAGGUUUACGAACAAAUUUUAGAUUCAGUGGCAAGACGUCAAUUCGAUAACGAUGAUUUGGAUUAUAAAAUCGCAGAACUACUUACCUGUUAUCAAGAUCUUAUUAUGAAUCGGUUGAAACCAUCUGACAGGAUCUAUAAUACGGUCCUAGAGUGUCUUUUCAAAGCUUCUAUUGCCGCAUACGUCACUCAUAACUCUAAUGGCGUGGACUUCUACAAGAUAGCGGCUGAAUUAUUUCACACUAUUGGUGGUGGAUCGCACCUAUUAUCGAAAUCAGUUUUAGAUCACGCCUUGUUGGCGAUGAAUCUUUUUCCGGGUCACAUGUCGCUCGUUCAGGCUCAACGUAUACUCGAUAAAAAUUCAAAUGCAAAGUCAGAUUCGUUCUACUACGUUGCAUUAUUAUCUUAUGCUAAGACAAUGAAUGAUCCCGGAGCAAUUGAAUCAUUAUAUGAAGAGUACAGAUUAGCCUUAAGUUCAGAUCCACUGUUGAAAGAAGGUGAAUUCGAGGUUUAUUCGAUGACAGUCUCUGGACUUGUGGAAACUGGUGAAUUGGAGUUGGCCAUAAAAUUAUUGGAUAGACUAAUGCAGGAUUUAAGAAAUGUGUCAGGUUCUUCAGAAAACGUUUCGCUAUUACUAUCCAAUUUCCUACUAUCGGUAUCCAAAUUAAAUUGUCAUAAAGCUUACAAUCUAUGGGCUCAAUUCCAUAAAUUGAAAUGGGUACCGGAAUUUUCCUAUGAAUUUUAUCUGGUAUUAAUGGCAAACAGUUUUGAAGAUUGGAAACUGACCAAAAAAAUCUACUCAUGUCUCUAUCCAAUGAAAUGCCAGUUUAGAGGUAAUCACAGAAAUAAAUUGUCGGAAUAUUUACUUUAUCCAAUGGGUGUGGAAUCAGUUUUAAGCUCUUUAAUGGAUUAUUCAUUGCAGCUAAAGGAUAGUGAAAUCAUUAUGAAAUUGAUUGAAGAAUCCAUAAUCAAAAAAUUCAGAUUUGAUACUGCAUUGUACCCAUUCAUCUUUGCCUAUCUGAAGGAGAUUCGUUGCCCCGAUGAAUACUUGUUAAGGUUUGUUAAAGCUCAAGGUAAUGUGAUAAAAGACGCGGAAUCAAUCAGUAACGUGGAGAAGUACGACUUCUUAAAUGGUAUUGUUCAACAUUUCCCCUCCCAAGUUAUUCUAAAAAAAGUCACAGAAAUGGAAUUCUUCGUGGACCUUUGUCGUAAUUUAAAUCUAUCCGAUUCUAGAGUGGUGAACUAUGGUGGUCUCAUCGGUUGUAUGACAAGUCUUUGGGGAUCGCCUCAAACUAUCGACAAAUAUGCUUUCAACAUGGAAAUACACGCCAUUUUAAUCACUAAACUUUACGAUUUUGACACUUACUGCAGCGAACUAGACAAUGACUCUUUGGCAGAAUUUAGAGAAAAAACUAUGGAGAGAUUUUCCAAAUUGGCAACCAAUUACAAGAGACUCAAUUUGGAUCCUGCUAAAGUUCCUGGUGUUGUGGUACAAGCCAUAAAGCUAACUAAUGUUGCAGAAGAUGUCAUGGCAUUUUAUAACCAUCCAGGCGAUUGGGAUAAAUCCUACCAUCUUUCAUUGGGUUCAGUUAUUAGAAACUCAGUCAGAACAGGCAUCAAAGAGUAUCAGAAGCUACUGUUGGAGGGCUAUUGUUUUGAUUACGAUACCUACAAAGAACUAAUAUCUGCUAAGUUUGUCGAUAGUCAUAUCAUCAAAUCCAGUUUGGAGUUGUGCCCUGAUAAAGAGGAGCAAAAAUAUUUGACAAAUCUGACAGUAAUUAGAGCUCCUCAUGAUAAGUUACAGGACCUUGUACUAUUAAACCCACAAUUCAGUUCCCAAAUUCUACCUUUCUUGAAAGAUGAAUCUUUAUUGAGAUUAGCCAAAAACGCUGACAUUUACAAGUGGAUUGAAGUUACUGAUUUCCCAAAGGCGUUUAUGAGUAUUGCAGUGCAGGCAGAAUACAAGGCUUCUAUUGAAUACAUCUACAGUCAAUUAUACCAGUUGAAAGAUUACGAAACUAUACUCCAGUUCAACAAGAGCUGCCCGGUUUUAGACAUGGAAAUUCUACUAAAAUCAUGCAUACGAUGUGGUGAAUAUACGCAGUAUAAUCAGUUGUUCGAAAAAUUCAAGGAUCACCUUGGGUCUAGCUCUAUAGACAUCCAAAGUGAAUACUUGAUCAAUAAUGGGCAAGUUGAUGAAGCUGUGCAUUUAAUCAAUUCUGCAAAUGCGAAAACUCCACACAAGACUUUGGAUUUGUACACGUUUGGUCUUUUCCUACAGAGUUUCACUAGGGAAAUUGGAUACUACGAUGCUCCCGAGAACACUUUACAAUUAGCAAAUCUCUUAUCAACUCAAUCAACCUUCAGCGGCAUGCUUGCGCUAUAUGACAUUGUUUCCCAUACGGAACCAUUCAAUGUCGGUGAAAGUGCGAAAUCUGCUGUUAAAGCUGAACUGUUGGAACAAAUGUUGAAUAAUAUUCAAGAUGCCAUUAAUUUUGUUGAUGUUGAAAAUGAAGAUAUUAGGGAUGAGUUCUUAUUGAAAUUACAAAACUUUUUCAGGUUCAAGGUAUUCUUAAAACAACCUUUUGUAACGUUGAAUGACAUGAAGAAGUUAUUGGAUAUCUGGCAAAAUGUCAACCCGUACGCUAUUGAUACACUUUUCAACAAUAUGGUGGAGAGCAUAUAUUUGAACCCAAGCGCUCAGUCACUUUAUCUGGAAAACGAUUUGAUGUUCCAUUACAAUUCGGACAGUUUAUUGGAGCUAACUAAUGAGAUUGAGAAUUUUUAUGCAAAUAAAGAGGAUUCAGAAGCUGUGGACAAAAUUCGCAGAUUUAAAUCGGUAAUGAAUGAAAACAAACUUUGA